AGCGCACCUUCACCGCACGCACUCGUCCGAUUUUCCAGCUCUCCGCACCUGAACACUUGCAAACCACAGACGUCAAGUCGCCGCCGUCAUCGCUAUCAUCAUUUCACGAGCUUCACCACCGAGCUUGCCCUCUUCAAAAAACAUGGCGCCUCCAAGCACAUUCGCAUCCGCCGCCGCGGGCGGCAAUACUCCCACAACUCCGCGCACUGAUUCCGCCGGGGAAUGGGCACGUCGAACAAACGGCGCAACCCAAACCUUCCGUCGUCCUUCUGUCGCUACCUCGAUCAUGAGCUCCAAUGCCAGGGAAGUGGCUUCUGGUUCACAACCCGCCGUCUAUGUGCCUCCGCAUCGCAAUGGCCCUGCCCACUCGGACACUCGCUACUCCAAGAACCAACUGCUCGACCUGUAUCACAAACAGAAUGUAGAGGGCUCGCUAGACGAUUCGCUGUCGCCCCUGUUUGUCGCCGGCUGGGAGCCAACUCAGUCCAAUGGAGUCUCAUUGGGCGGCUGGGGCAGGAGGGACGAACAAGCCAAAGACCACGUUCCCGGUCCCGAGGUCUGCUGGGAAAAAGACGGUUCCACGGGUCCUUUGGGUCUGGUCGACAUGAACGAUGAAGAGAAGGAGCACUUUUCAUCCGUCAAUUCGCCCUUGAAACCGCCUACGACCGUGACCAAAGACGCUGUCAAUCCUCCCAUGCGCAAGAUUUCUGUAUCGCAGAAUGUCAGCAGUCCUGGCGCCUUUGCUGUUGCCUCGCCUGGCGUUGCAAGACCAGGCGCGAGACGUCGCGAAACCCAGGAGUACCCGUUCCCCUCGAGUUCGCAGCUCAACUCGCCCACGGUCGGCAAGGCCACGCGCGACGACUCCCGCACUGCCUCUCCACCUCCUUCACUGACCAGAAGAAGGACUGACUUCAAAGAUACGGCUGACUCGGCAGACGAAAAGCCAGCCCCCGAUGUACCUGAUGCUGCUCGUCCUCCAUUCUCCGCCAUCAAGCGCACUGCAACCGGUCCUUUGAAUACCGCUAUUGGCGGUGCAUCAUCUCCAUGGUCUGCAACUCCCCAGAGCGCUGGCUUUUCACCAAUGGGUGCUUUUGGCAAUUUUGCCAUCAAUACCAAUGCUACUGUCGGCACUCCAACUUCGGACAAACGUCCUGGACUGGCUGGUGGUAGAGCCGAGAGCCGCUUCAAGGGACUCAUGGCCAAGGACACCGACGACGCUUCGAGGGAUAAGUCUUCUCUGGACUCGAUUCCUCAUGAAGACCAACACGAACAGCAUGCUACUGGUAGCGCUGCUCUCGGCGGUGGCCAGGACAUUUCUCCUCCCCGUAGUCGUGGCUUUGGUACCCCUAGUCGUCAGGACUCGCGUGAUGAAUUCGGUCAUGGUGCCUUUGGCAUGACUUCGGAUCCUUUCCGUACCCUGAUGGGUCAGCAACACGACUCAUCUCAUGGGAUCCUUCCAGGCCGCUCUCAACAACUUCCUGCCGCCAGCGAUCCGAUGAGUCCCUCGGAUACCAAUCCUUAUCAAAGCCCUGAACAUUUACCCGCAGACCUCGACGAUGCUGAUGAUGAUGCCUCCGAUCUGCAAAAUGCUCAUCUGCCCAAUCUAGGCGGACUCAUGAACGACUCCAUGUCUUCUGGUGCUGGAGCUUUCCACGGUCUUGGAAACCUUGGACGCGUUCCCGCAGCGCCUCCGAGCGAUCGCAGUCAGACAUCGAGUGUUGGACCUAACAGAGGUUUCGGUGGCUUUUCUGGUCUGAAUGCUCUUCCUGGACUCGGAGGCGCCUCUGCCUGGGGUGGGCCUCAGGCGUCUAUCGGCACUCCUAACAGGGAUAGAGCUGCCUUGGCUGGCAACUUUGGUGAGAACCCCUUCGGCUCUUCUGCAGACCUGGGAUCUCCCAGUCUUGCGGCUCUGAGCGGACUGGGCGCGUUCGGCGCCAACCCUAGUCAAAGUCGCGGUACCAGCCGACUAGGAUCUCUCUUCCCGACCAGCGUGCAAGAGCAAAUGCGACCUGAUCACGGCCGUCAGGACGAGGACGACGCCGGAUCGGGAGAGUUUGCAAACUUGCCUCGCGACACAUCUAGUCCUUUUAGACGUGCUGCCGACGUUUCUAGCGCAUUCCCUGAUCAAGAUCGCAACACUGAGACAUCUCAGCAAGAGCCCAUUGGCCAACGCCCUGCCCAAUCUUCUGCUUCUAUGCAAGCUCAGGCGGUCACCAGCUCUGCGUCUAACCAACCACCCCCAGCUCAACAGAAGACUAUGGUCAUGCCCGAUCGUAUGAGGUGGAUCUACCGUGAUCCCCAGGGCGUCACCCAAGGCCCUUGGUCGGGCUUGGAGAUGCAUGACUGGUACAAGGCCGGUUUCUUCUCCCCCGAGUUGCUUGUCAAGAAGUAUGAGGAUAUCGAUUACGAGCCUCUGGCCCAGUUGAUCCGUAGAAUUGGUAACUCUCGCGAGCCCUUCCUCGUCCCACAAAUCGGCAUCCCUCAUGGCAACCCGACUCUUCCCCAGCCGCCCGCUAACUGGACUAAUCCUCUGUCUUCUGGUGGCGCUCAGCCUCCUUUCGCCAACAGUUUUCCUAGCUUCGGAACCACUCUUACUGCCGACCAGCAGAACGCAUUGGAACGUCGCAAGCAGGAGGAGCAAUACCUGAUGGCUCGCCAGAAGGAGCACCUUGCGCAACAACAAUUCGCACAGCGCUUCCAGGCUCAGACAGGCCAAUUGCUAUUCCCUCAACUCCACCACCAAUCCAGCGUUCAGAGCUUGCACAGCCAGCCCAGCUUCGGUAGCCUUAGUUCGCCUGCACCAGCAUUCCCAGCUGCUCCUCUGCAGAACAACUUUGGCAGUACCGGCGCGAGUGGUAGCACUCAUGUACCCGGCUUCUUCGACAACUCUUUCAGGUCUCCUGGAGCCCUGGGUGGUCUCGGAGCCAUUGGUGCUGGCGCGGACACGCUUGGUAACAUCAGAGAGGAAGACAUGUCUGGCAUGGUGAACAGACUCAACCUUGGACGUUCGUCACAGGGCAAUUUUGGAGGCAUCGGUCAGCCGUUCCCUCAAGCUGAAGAGCAACGUCGCAUCUCGACAAUGCUUGACGACCGCUCUCGUCUCGAGCAGCAACAGGCACAGCACGAUGCUACCCAACGCCUCCAACAGGAUCAGCCUGCACGAAACGAACAAUUCGAGCAGUUCCAGAGCCUGCAGGAGCACGCUAGAGCCGAUCCUUUCGGCGUUGGUCCUGAAGGUGUCAUUGGAAAGCCUAUCGCUCCUCCGUCUGAACAACAGCGCAGCCAACAAGACCAGGGUCAAGCGCAACCUCAAGAGCAGACCGAAUCAGAGUAUGAAGCCCAGUUUGAUGAAGAAGCCGAAGCUCUCACUCAGCAGGAAGAGGCCGCUGCUGCCUCCCAAUUCAAGCAAGAACCAUCUUUGACCGAGCAAGUACAGAAGGCUGCAUCUGUCAAGCAAUCGCCCGCACCUGCAUCGUCCCCCUGGGCCAAGGUUGACACUUCUUUGCCGCAACCCUUCCCUCCCGCACCAUCGCAGUCUCCUCUACCUGCCCCUGCAGCCCAGCGCAACAGAUCUCAUGUGGCUGAUGCACUCCAUGCCGAGUCUAGAUCCCGCUCGCAAACACCAUCUGCCGAGACUCCCAGUGCUUCAGUCGCUCCUUGGGCCAAAGAACCCGCCGAGUCAUCCAGAGGACCUUCUCUCAAGGAGAUCCAGGAGGCCGAGGCCAAGGUAGCCGCUGAGGCUGAAGCACUUGCUGCCGAGGCUCGUCGUGUCGCUUUCGAGAAGGAGCUCGCACAAGUCCAGCUGACUACCGUACCUGCACCUGGACUUCCUUUGACCUCUAAUUGGGCCAGCAGCAACACUGCAUCUCCCGCUACUGGUACCGCUCCUUCGCCCUGGGCCAAGGCCGCAAAGGUUGUUGUCGCUCCCGCUACUGCCAAGAGCAUGGCCCAGAUCCAGAAGGAGGAGGAGGCUCGCAAGAAGCGUCUCGCAGCCGCCGCAGCCACUCAAGCUGCAGCUGCCGUCGGCGUCGCUCCUGUCCAGCAGCCUGCUGGGGGUAAGAGAUAUGCCGAUCUUGCCAGCAAGGUAGCAUCUUCACCCGCACCUGGCAGCCCCGUACCUGGUAUGACCGGUGCUUGGACCACUGUCGGCGCAAGCGGCAAGGUCAAGACCCCCCUGCCUGCCCCCACUCCCGUCAACACCAGAGUUGCCAGCUCGACUAUUCUGCCCACCGUAGCAGCGGUCAAGAAGACCGUUCCUGCCAGAGCUACUGCAGGACCUUCUGCUGUCAAUGCCAUUGACGAGUUUAAAAAGUGGGCCAUCAACGAGCUCAAGCACGAUCUUAACAAGAGCGUUACUGCCGAUGAGUUUGUUAGCAACUUGCUCUCCUUCCCAUCUGAGCUCGAGAUUGUUACCGAAGCCGUUCACAGUGUUUCUCACACCAUCGAUUCUCGCCACUUUGCCGAAGAAUUCAUUCGUCGUCGCAAGUUGGCUGACAAGGGCCUGGUCGAUACCACUAAGCCAUCCAGCCCGGCUAGUAUGGUUCAAUCGGGCGGUUGGUCAGAAGUAGCUAAAAAGAACGCUGCUUCGGCCCCUAAGCCCCAAGAGCCUAAGGAUGAGCUCAACAACGGUAGUUUCAAGGUCGUACCGACCAAGAAGAAGGGUGGCAAGAAGUAAGCAUAGGCUAGAGACGAUGGGAAAGUAUGUAAAGCUAUAGGCACAUGUAAAUUGAUCAAUUUCUUCACACGA